AUGACAAUAAGCAGUAAUAAGCGACGACCAUCAAAUUACUAUAAACCUCCACGUUUUUCACGUUUCCGUUCCCUCACGCCAGACACCAAUACCCUACAACAAAAUCGACGCCAGUGGCGAGGCUCGUCACUAUCGCCAAUUAGACUCAACCAAGAAGAACAACGCCGCCGAAGGAAUUCCUCACCCUUCAACCAAACCAGCGAAAACCUUCACUCACCAUUCAGGCAAACUCAACAAGUACACGACUUACCAAUAAGACAACGUCAACACAUUAGUCAAUCCCCUUUAAGGUCACCCAAACGAGUACCAGCGAACAGAGUCAAAUUCGCUCCAUUACCAUAUACUCCCACCACAACGCAUAUCAAUUUCCAAACAGCUGUUCAUCAACUCGCCAACAUCGCCAAACAACAAAUAAAGCCUAACUUUUCUAAUCACAACAAAAGCAAUAUUAAAGCUCGAUUAAUGGUUGUACCACUAAGAGCCAGAAAUGAAAAUAAUAACAGCGAAGAACAAGUCUACGCUCUUCUGGACUCAGCAUCUGAUCAAUCCUUUAUAUCAUUACCUUUAGCACAACGCCUACAACUCAUACCCCACUUCGAAACCACCAUCAUUGUCAACACAUUUGGUGGCCACGCAGAAAGGAAACAUGUAACAUGCGUCGAAACACUCUUAGUUAAUUCUCAGGAGCAAUCGAUAAAGGUCAAACUACUUACACACGACAUUAUAACACACCCCUUAGCUAUAAUAGACUUACAAACAGAGGAUAAAAUCUUUCUGGAAGAAAAAUUUUCCAACGAUAACGCCAUAUGGUUGCAAGACUCCACAAUAGAAGUUACUCCCGACAUUCUUCUGGGAAUAGACUAUUUCAACGAUAUAUUACAAACAAACGAACCCAUCAUACGACUACCCUCAGGGUUAUUUAUGACUCCAACCUUCUUUGGUCCAGUCAUUUCCGGAACGGUAACCACAAGCGACACAGAACCCCAACACUUUUACGACCACAUUAUCCGCACAUAUACCACGCAGUGUUCGUAUGAACACUCUGAUCUAGACUAUUCAGACCUUUGGAAACUGCCAGGCGUAGGCAUUGAUGAACUCCAGACAAAUGAAGAGCUUAAUAGACAAAUAAUUGCAAAUUUCUACUCCACCGUUCAGAAUAGAAACGGAAAAAUCUACAUACAAUUUCCUUGGAAAACAAACAAACACCAACUAGCCGACAACUACAACUUAGCCCUAAGCAUUCCAUGGAAUCACUCGACUGAUACACUUUCCAUUUUGUGCAAACUCAACUACGAACCAAACCCAACUAAACGGAAAGUCUUACAAUCAGCACACUCUACCUUUGACCCGCUUGGUCUCCUAACACCUCUACUGCUACCCGCCAAAAUUUUCCUGCAAGAUCUCUGGAAACACAAGCACAAUUGGGAUGAACCACUACCAGAAACAAACAAUAACACAUGGAAAACAAUUUGCGAACAGGCAGAUGGCUUUACUGUGCACCUUCCACGAACGAUUGUAAACAACUACACUGGAGUUCGAUACGAACUCCACUCCUUCGUUGACGCAUCAGCCCGCGCUUAUGCCACCGUAGUCUACUUGCGAUCAACAAACAACAAAGGGUACAUUACAAGCUCGAUCCUAAUGGCUCGACAACGCCUAGCACCAAUCAACGCAAAAACCAUGACAAUCCCACGAUUAGAACUUCUCGCACUCUUAAUCGGAGUCCGACUCACGAACUUCCUAGUAAGGGAACUCAAGAUAAACAUAGAAACCAUUAGAAUCUACAGCGAUUCACAGGUAGCUCUGCACUGGGUGCAAUCCCAAACAAAGAAUGGACCAUUCGUGGAUAAUCGAUGCAAAGAAAUCAGACAAAAAAUACAAUCAUGGUCACAAGAACAUACAAUACUAAGCUACUUACAUUACAUUCCCUCCGAUAAUAAUCCCGCAGAUUGCGCAACAAAAGGGCUUACAAAGGACCAAAUGCACCUGCACCGCUGGUGGUCAGGACCAUCCUUCCUGCAAGAUGACCAAUCAAAAUGGCCAUCACUUCUCGAGUUCUCUUGGCACCCUAAAGACGACCAAAUUCCAGACCAAGACACAUUGCACACAAUCCUAUCCACGUCCACACCAUCCAUCACUUCUUCUGAACCAUGUUCUCUCAAUCUACUCACAAAAUUCAGUUCCCUUAACUCCUUACGACACGUGACAGCUCUAGUUCUUAAAUUUCUGAAGUGUUAUAUCUAUGACAGACUCCCUGACGACACUAAAGAUACACUCACAACAAGCGCACCAGAACUCGCAAAAAUAACUUCAACCAAACCAAUCUCACUUCCUCAAGCUCAAGAUAUCAAGAUGGCCGAACAGCUCCUGCUUAAGCUCACACAACGCAGUCUAACGAAGGAACAUCAUCGCAAAUGGAAUCACCUGGCCCUAUACAAGGAUGAGAAUGGCGUCAUCAGAUGCCGAGGUCGCAUACAAUCCGAGCACCUCACAAGAGAUGCUCGAGACCCAAUUCUCUUACUCCCAGAUCAACCUCUGACAGGACUAAUCAUACGAAGACACCCACGGCCGUUGCGGUCAUCA